ACUUGGUAUCUGUACCACAGUAUACGGGUUCAUCGCGAGCCAUGGAGAACUGGGGUGUGAUCAUUAUGAUAUACGAAGCACUCCUCAUCGAUCCACUCUACGCAACGACGCUAGAGUACAGUAUUGUGGCACGGGUAACACCCCAUGAAGUUGUACACCAGUGGUUUGGAGAUUUGGUAACAACGGAAUGGUGGUCGACAUUGUUCUUGAAUGAAGCGUUUGCGCAGUAUUAUUACACUGAUGCGGCCAACUAUACUUAUCCUGACCAACAAAAAUACGCUGUACGUUGCUCU